AUGCAGAGACGCCGCAAGACGACGCGGGACGAGCGCAUCUGCAAGAUCUGUUCCCGCGCCUUCAACAAGGCAGAGCAUCUCGCUCGACACAUCCGCUCGCAUACCAAGGAGAAGCCGUACCAAUGCAAAGUAUGCAAAAAGGUGUACACGAGACAGGACACGCUCCUGAGACACUCAAAAUCUCAUGACGCCUACGUGACUGGAGACGCAUGGCCUCCGUCAGGCGUCGUAGGGCAUGGCGCGGCAUCUUCAUCGAGCCAAAGCCCGCGCGGCGAUGUUGCCGCCGCAGAGGCAGCCUCCAUCAUGGCGGCCUUUGCCUCCCCCCAUCAGACAUCGUUCCCUCAGCAGCACAUGGAUGGAAUCGCCACGCCGAGCAACACGUGUCCGUUCACUGUGGACGGGCAACCCAGCACCAGCGCGGUGUCGGACGACCAAAUCUUCUCCGCGCAGGGGACUGCGACCACAGACAUGAGCCCACUGGAUGACGGCGCCGACCCCCGGUUCAGCGGGCUCACGCCGUUCACAGAAGACCUGACGGCGCAGUGGUCAAGCUAUUUUGCUGGGAACGAGUUUGACAUUGCCCUGCUUGACCCGUCCUUGUUUACCGCGCCGUCGUCUGAGCCGCAGCCCCUCGCUUUGCCUCAGGAGGCGAGCGUCCCGACGAUGAGCAACCCCAAGUCGCCGGCGCCGCCCACCUCGUACACGCCGCGCUUGGCGAGCCUGCCUAAGACUGUGAUCCAACGGAGGUGGCAUACAUUCUCAGGAGGACUGUCAUCGGGAUACAUUACGCCGGAUGCCACGGACGACAGACGCAGCGUCGAUGAGAUAUGCCACAGGGACUUGACGGAACGGCUCCAGCCGCGCUUGCAGUCAGGGUCGUUACCAUCCACAACGUUUCUAAACCUGUGCAUCCAGGCGUACUUUGCAAACUUCCACCCAGUCUUCCCCAUCGUGCACGCACCCACAUUUCGGCCGCAGAAGCACAAUGGGCUGCUCGUUCUCUCGAUUUGCUCCAUCGGAAGUCUCUUUCUCGGCUCUUCGCGUGCCAUGUCUCGCGGCAUCAGCAUGUUUGAGAGGCUACACAAAUCUAUUCUUACUUCGUGGGACACUUGUGUGGCGAGCUCGGCAUACUCGAACCUCCUGGCACUCCAGGCGUCAGCUAUCGGCCAGACAUUUGGGCUGCUUGUGGGCAGACCAAAGGACCUGACGCAGGUCGAAAUGUUUCACGGCUGUCUCGUUGCCUGGGCGCGAAAGCUCCGGCUCUUCGACCCCGAGGAAUGGAGUGUCGACGUUUCUCAACUGAAAGGGCGAGAGCUGGAGGCGGCGUGGAAGGAAUGGAUCCGAUGCGAGAUCAAGCGACGGAUUGUGCUCGCAAUCCUGCUUCACGAUGCUGAAAUCAGCGGGCUCUUCCAUCAUGACCGUCUGAUGCGGUACUCACUGGACAAGCUGGACCAUAUAUCGUCGGAGGAAGCCUUUGAUGCCAGAAGCGCCUCUGCUUGGCGGCUGGUCAUGAUGAGAGAGACGCUUCCGCAUGACCCCCCAGACCACGAACCGCAGGCUACCUUUUCUAAUUGCUGGUCGCCGGACGCAGGCACGCUCUUCACGUUCCCCGAUAGCAGUAGCGGGUUCGAGCUCAGUGUCAUGCUCGAAGUCAUCGGAUCGCUCGCGUGCGAGAGUCGAAGAACGGCCGCGUCCUGGGCCCGGACGUGCACCAAGUACGAAGACUUGCUGGUCGGAUGGUGCGACAAGUAUCGGCACACGGAUACGUUUGACCGCCGGGCCUCGAGCCUGAUGAUGCUGUGGCACUCCAUGUUCAUGCUCCUGCACAUGGACAUGGACGUGCUGGAGUGCGCCUGCGGACGGGAGGGAAGGCCGGCGGCCCAGCGACACGCGCAAGACGCCCGGGCAUGGGCGCGGUCUGCGUCCGCGAAACGAUGCAUCGCCCACGCCACGCUCGUGCGCAGGCACUUUGAGGAGCUGCCCAUCGGUACGGAAUCCCCGAUAUUCGCCCCCAUGUGCUUGUAUCGUUGUGGCAUGGCCUGGUUCUGCUACACGCACUUUGGCGAUCCGCCGCGGGAGGGGGCCGAGGCCGAGCUGGGCUUCGACAUGCCGGAGCUGCAGAGCCUCGGAGUCAGCGAAAAGACGGUUGCGCACGAGAUGGAGCCCAGGGACGGGAGGCCCGUCGCCAGCCCGCUGUUUAGGGUGAUUGACCUUCUUCAGCGUAUGAAUCACUGGAAGAUGGCGCAUAGCUUGGCCUCGACGCUGCUGUCGCUGUUUGAGGAGGCGGAGGACGCGCUGUUUUGA